CGACCAUCCGACACGUGUCUUUGCGACGCUCCGGUGAUCCCGAUACCGAUUGAACGGCUACAGCUUCUCGAAGUUCUUCAAUGUACUCAUCUCUGUGAGAGUCAAUGUAUCUGGAAAUCAUUCAAAUUACUUCCGGUAAAGACAUGAUGGACAUGCAAAGGUCGAGACUAUACUGGUACCUAUGGAAGAUAACUGGAGAUGGUUAGCUCGUUAAUAGUAGGGUAAUGAAUUUCAACAUAAAAUGGAGAGAGAAGGUAUUGAAGACACUACAGAGGGGCCAGCCAUUGAGGAUAUCGAGAUGAAGCCUGUACCAUCAAACCCUACUGACCAUCAGACCAAUGGAACCACAGAAGAAUCGAAAAAUGAACACGACUUUAAUCGAUCGUGCCUGGACGAUGACGAAGGUCGUUUAUGCCCCAUAUGUUUGGAAAGUUGGACGAACGCCGGUGACCACAGAGUGUGCUCUUUAAAGUGUGGGCACGUCUUCGGACAGGCUUGCAUUGAACGUUGGUUUUCGACUCAAAAAGCAAAAUCUUGCCCUAGUUGCAAAGCAAAAAGUUCCAGCAGGCAUAUUUGGUUUAUUUACUCAAAAACCUUAGUCCCAAUGAAUAGUGAUUGUAUAGACGAAGCAAAACAAGAUAUAGUUUGCGCAAAUGCAAAAAGGGACAAGGUGAAAAUUGAACUUCAAAAUGGGCUGUUGCGGGAGGAGGCUUUAAAAAAAGAAAUCCUCGAGCUAGCUGGUGAUGUUCAGUUUUUAAACAAGGAGGUGCAAUUGAGACAGCACGUUUCAGUGCCAAGUGCUUCUAAUACAAGUUGUAGAUUACACUUGGAUAGAUCGUUAACGCUCUGCGAAGAACCUAGUUGUCGAGUUUUGGAUUAUUUCUAUAAGAAGCACAUUAUCGUCGCAUCGGUUAAAUCGUCCAAUGCAUUAUUUCCGGGGUUCGGUGCAAGACAAUUAGAUAUGGCGACAUGUAGACUUACAACAUAUAUACCGUUACAUUCAGCAGCGAUAAGGGAUUUCAAAUUUAAUACAGAUAAUCCGUAUCUUUUGAGCGUCUCUCUUGAUAAGACUGCAAAAUUAGUCGGCGUGUCUCCUCUGGCAGCCCCUGUUUGCAUUUACACUUCUAAUUCGCCCUUAUGGUCGUGCUGUUGGGAUAGCAGUAAUUCUAAUUAUGUAUACAUUGGAGGACAGGAGGGGAGUGUAAUGAAAAUUGACAUUCGCCAGCCCGGUAAGCCAGUUUCGACUAUGGAAGUACCCGGUGACAGGUCUCCCGUCGUGUCUGUUGCAUCUAUACCUCCCAAUUCUAACAGAGCCAUGCCCGAUGGUGGAAUAAUAUCUUGUAAACUCAACUCAUUAUGGGCAUUUCAGACUAACGGUGAAGAGUAUACUCGCCACCAGUUGCCAUUAGAGGGACCUUUUGUGUCUAUGGUUUAUCAACACUUCACUAACGAAUUCUUGAUCUCGUCGAGACCUAACUCUCAGCAUCCUUACUCCCGACACUAUUUGUGGUGCCUUGACAGUGUAGCAGACGAUGUAACCUGUAAUAUAACUCACACGAUUAGAGGGAGCACGGUACAGUCGUAUUUAUCACGAUCUUGUUUUAUUACCCAUAAUUAUAAUUCGUUUAUCGCUGCCUAUCAAGAAUCUGAUCGAAGCAUGUGUUUGUGGAAUGCAAAGACUGGUAACAAAGUUUGCUCGGCUGCUGCUCGUGAUCCAAUCUUAGACAUUUGCGGUAUUAAUAUUAAUAAUGAAAGUUUUGUAGUAUCUCUAAGUCAGAGAAAAGUUAUGUUUCAUAAAUGUUUAUAACUAUUGAAUAGCAAAUUAUUAUCAUCAAAUUUUAUACAAUAUAGUUUUACCUAUUUUGUAAAUAGAAAAUAAGACUUAUUUUUUCUACAA